UCUCCUGCAUUGGCAGGCGCGUCUUUACCACUGGUGUUCCUUUGGAAAUCCGUUGUACGGAAGUGAGGGAGCUCAUUGACGUGCCCUGGGGUGCAGACACAGAGGGUUGGGGUGGGGAGCUGCACAUGUCCCUCUGGGCCCCUUGCCCCCCAAACUCACCCAACCGCCCAUCACUGCUAGCUACAGGAUUGUUUCCAGCCUCCUGGGCUGUAACAGGCAAAUUAUUUCAUUUUUUAUUUACUCCCCUCACCCCACCCACAUCCCCUGACUGCAGACAGGUUCUUGGGAUACUUGUCUGGAAGUAAAUAAAGGGAGAUGCUGAGCAUCGCUCCCAGGCGUACAGCGUGACCCUUGCCCUAACCUGAGGGUAGAGCUGUGUCCAGAAUGGCAGCUGCCCCUCUUCCUCAUGCUGGAGGGCAGCUCUGGUAAGGUGGCUGAUCCCAGCAUGGGAAACGCUUUCUUCAGUUCAGCUGCAUGAUCAUCCAGCUGAUGAUCAUCCACCAUCCAGGUGGUUGGUUGCACAGGAUGGCGUGCGCGCUUCAGUUUGUUGAAAGCAUGGGCUGAGGUUUAGUUCUGACCCGUCCUCACUGAUGACCGUCGUCACCUACCAGGUCUGGGGAAAUCGAUGGCUCCCUAGCUCCUUUGGGAAUUCUGGUGAGUCAGCGUAAUUUAUACUCCUGUGUGCCCGGUGUUCGGAGUUCAUCGGUCUUCCAGCUCUCAGGGAGGAAGACGGCUGAGAGCCAGGCAGGCAGUCGCUCUGGGCCUUGGGGCGCUGAUGCCAGCGUUCCGAGUGGCACCGACUCUCACGCACCUGCCAGUGUCACUCCGAGAGGGGCUCUUUGCUUCUGGAAAAGAUGCUUUGCACGCCCACCCAGUUGAAGACAGAGCUAGUUGGAGACGCUCUGCAAAUGAAGUCUUCAGCUGUCGGCAGGGACAAGCACUGCAGCGCCUGGUGGGGGCCAGGCCCCCAGGAGGACCGCCGGGGCUGGGGAGGGGUUGGUGCAGGAGCUGCCGGGAAUCCUGUGGCCUUUGCUAGAGGAGGAAGUGGCUUCCGGUGGGGCCUGGGCAGGAGCCGACGUUCCAGUCAGUGGGGAGAAGUGAGAGCUGGGGAGGGGAAACCGCCCCAGGAAGGUGCCCUGGAGCCCCCUAACCGCCUAGAUGGAUGCCCAGAGUGUUAGCCUCUCGGGGGUGUGUGAGAGUGAGUAUCACCCAGGAAUGCCAACAUCCGAGCCCCAGGUAUGCAUCCAGGCCCGCGGUGCCCCCGUCAUCCCAGCGGGCCUUGUGCUCUCGUCUCGGGGACCCCCAGCCUGAGCCUGUCUGCAGCGUUUGGACUUGGUGCACCCUUCCUCCGAGACAUCGCUGUGGCCAGGUCCUCUGGUGCUCGGGGCUCUCGUGGGCGCCCCCAUGCCCAUUUCCACCCCUGGAAGCCAGCCACACGCAGAGCUGGCUUCCCAGUUUCCGCCGGGUGGUGGGCUUUUGCUCUUGAGGAAGGCAGGACCAAACAGGAGGUUUCCAAAGGGAGGAAGUCCGGAGUCUGGAAGGCUCGGCCUGUGCCCCUCUCCCGCCCCCCAGCAUCAGCAGCCCCUCCCGCAAUCCGCCGAUGCCCCCUGCUCACGGCCAUCAGGCCCAGCGGCCCCCGGGCGGCCGGUCAGAGCCUGCUCGCUAGCUGCCCCCGCAGGCCUGGCAGCAGACGCCCCUUGGGUAGGUUCUCCGUGGAGCACGCGUUUCUGGCAGCCGCGAGCCAGAAAGCGGAAGUAGGGAGCGUCGUGGGCGGAGCCAGGAGCCCCGUGCGCUGCGCUUUAAAACCAGUCAGCGUGUGCCGGGUCUGCGGCCCGCCAGCAGCCUUGGAAGAGGAGCCCGCUCAGAUCCAGCAAAACCAGUCGCUGCUUCAUGAGCCGCGGCCUCCGGAGCCAAGGCCAAGCCUCCUCAGGCCUCGCCGCGUGCUCCCCGGCACAGUCACCGAGAAGAAGCCUCCCCGGGCCCUCCCUGGCGGGCCAGUGGUUAGCGCUCUGCAUUUGCACUGCCGCGGGCCCGGCUCGCGUCUCUGGUUGGGGGGCUAGGACCCCGCAGCCUGUCUGGUGCAGGCUCCUCCCGGUGCCCGGAAGAAACCAUUUCCACAGUUUGGUAAUAUAAACCACAGUCUUUUUUUUUUUCUUUUUUAAAUCUAAACAGCUGAACAGUUGGUUCUGGAAACUUCAUUACCUCCUAUUUCACUGUAGGGUAAUAUAAUCAUGUCUGUACCUUCAGGAGAAAGAGGGUUCGAAAACAUCUUUAAAAUGUGUGACCAUUUUUCAGUCUCAUAGCGCAGAGAAGAGGCAAUGUGAUAAGACAGCUGUAUUAAAGAUGAAAAUUGAAAUGGGCCGCUGGGAACCGGGCCAGCAGAGAAGUAACAUUUGUUACUGAAGCCUGAGAAGCGGGGAGUUUUUUUUUUAAUGUGGGAUUAGAGAUGGGCUGGGUUUUGAAGAUGAGCAUUAAGCUCCCAUGAUGGCGUACUUGGCGUUUCACCGAGCCAGCCUAGUGGCACAUCAGAAGGUUGGCUUCUGCCAAGUGGAUCUUCAUUCCUAAAAAGAGUUCCUGGCCCGAAAAACAUCUUCCUCUUUACUUACGCUGGUAAGCCAGGUUGAGCAGGGUGGGGAUGUAGGCAGAGAGACUUUUGUGCUGAGUCGCUUCGGUCGUGUCUGACUCUAUGACCCCGUGGACUGUAGCCCACCAGGCUCCUCUGUCCAUGGGGUUCUCCCGGCAGGAAUACUGGGGUGGGUUGCCAUGCCCUCCUCCAGGGGAUCUUCCCCACCCAGGGAUCCAACCCAUGACCCUUCUGUCUCCUGCAUUGGCAGGCGGGUUCUGGGAAGCCGCCCCAAAGUGUGCUCAUGAAAACGAGCAUGUUAUCUAGGGGGCCACUGCAGUGAGCCCCUCAGAGAGGCUGAGGAGCGAGGGCUAUGAUGGGCCGGGGAGGGAGAGAUGGGAGCCUCGCUGGUCUGCAGGGCGGGGAGGGGGCUGGCUGUGCCCAGGCCUUGUCUCCAGGCCUCUGGAUCCGUGGGGAGAAGCGCUGGCGGGCCAGGUUUCCGGCUCCACGGGCUUUGUGUCUGCAUGCCGAGGGUCUUCAGUCCGAAGGAGAGGCCGUGUCCCUCCUGUCCCUGUGGUCUGUUUUUCUGCAUGAAAAAGUCAUCGCAAAAAAACUUCAGCUGAUGGACACUAACAUGAAAGUGUGCCAAGAUCUGUCAUUAACUGAAAAAUAAGGGGGAAGAGUCCUUUCCAGAGAAGUAUUUUCCAUAGGAACCAAUUUUUUAAAAAUAGGUAUGUGUGCGUGAGUAUAUGUGCGCUGGUAUUUCAGUAAAUGCCUAUAUUUGUAGUUUCUGGACAGGUGAGCAAAAAGCUGUAACUCUGGGACUGAGUCUGUGGGGAGGGGAGGCGUUUAUUCCUCACGUUAUACCCACCGAGUGUUUUGUUUUUGUCUUCACAAUGGGCGUGCAUUGCUUUCUUGAUUUUUUUUUUUUUUAAGGGACGAAACUUAAACAUUUUAAUAAUACUGGGCUUCCCUGGUGGCUCAGUUGGUAAAGAAU